AUGGAGGAAUUUCAAUGCUCAUAUGACAGAGGAAAUGUUUUUAAUGAUUUUUUCAUGACAUGAGCUUAUUCUGUAGCAUCAUUUUAUAAGAAACACAAAGCCACUCCUUCUAAUCUUGUCUCAAUUCCCAAAAGACUUAGAUUUGACGAAGAUUUAGAAAAAUUAGAAAAUGAAUGAGAAAAAGAACUCAAAAAACAAAGACCUAGCUUCCUAAAAGCACUUAUAAAAGUUAUUGGCUGAGAUCUAAUCAAAUAUGCAGUGCCAGGGAUAGUUUCUUAUAAUUUAGGUCUUGUCCAAUCAGUAUUGGUGAUUUACUUAGUGAGAUAUUUAAGAGAUAACAACUCAAAAUGAUACGAUGGUGCUAGCUAUGUAAUUGCAUAUGCUGGUACAGCAUUGGUGACUUAUUAUUUAUUUUGUUUUUGCAGCUUUAAAAUUUACAUGCUGACAGUGAAGGUGAAAUCAAUUGUUCCAUGCUUAAUAUAUAAAAAAGUUUUAGGCUUCUCAAGCAGUCAAAUAUUGCAAGGAAACUCAAAAGGCAAGCUAGAAAAUGUGAUCGCUUCUGAACUAGAAUUUCUUGAAGGCGUCGUUGCAAUUGUCGCUCUGUUUUCUGUGCCUACACUUUUAAUAGGAGCUUUUUUCAUUUUGGGAUUCUAUAUUGGUGUAGCUGGAGUUAUAGGAUUAAUUAUAGUGCUUUUGCACUUUCCUAUAAUUUAUGCAUUGGGAAAAAUCAAUGGGAAAUUCAGGCUGAGAGUUGCUGUUCAUAGUGAUGCAAGAAUCAAGCUUAUUACAAACUUAAUUGAGGGGAUAAGAAUCAUAAAAUUGUAUGGGUGGGAAUACCCAUAUCUAGACUUAGUAUUUAAAAAGAGAGAAAUAGAAAUGAGGCAAGCUUUGAAAAGGGUCAAGUUUAACUCACUGAACCGAACGAUGGGAAAUGGAGGGCUUGGGCUUGUUUUGUUUAUAACUUUCGUAAUCUAUAUUUCUCUUGGCAAUACUCUGGAUCCAGGAGUUGUUUUUGCGACCGUCACGAUUUUGACUAUAACUCACAAUCUUAUAUUAUUUGUUGGCCAAAUUUCUAAUAUUGCUUGACACUUGAAAUUGUUUUCCACUUUAGGUGGGACCCUUUGUAUUUAUUGGCCUGAUACAAAAACGCCAAGAAGUUUUCGCAUGUCAAGCCCGAUAAGAAAUUAAAGCAGACAUAAUAUCAAAUCUAGGGGCACUUGGAGUUCUACUUUUAUUUUUAUUCUUUUCAUCAAUGAAAAGAAUUACAGAAACUCUUCUGAUAAAACAGCAGAAGACUUCAGCUCGCUCAUCGAAACCAAAAUUCUCAUUAAUGAUGAAAAAUUCCAUCUUUUCAUGGAACGAUCCUGAAGGAGGAAAUACUUCAUCAGACACAAAUAAGUCAUUUGAAGAAAGUCAAGCAGUUCUCAAUGAAAUUAAUUUCAAGCUAAAACCAGGAGAGCUUUUAAUUGUUAUUGGGCCUGUUGGAUGCGGAAAAAGCAGCCUAUUUAUGGGCAUUCUGCAGGAAAUAGGAUUAAUAAGUGGGGAAGUCAAAAUUAAUGGGCAGAUUGCCUAUUCAGGUGAGGAUCCUUGAAUAGUGUCAGGAAGUAUAAGAGAUAAUAUCUUAAUGGGACUUGAGUUCAAUGAAGCUUUCUAUCAAAAUGUUAUUAAAGCUUGUGCAUUGGAGCAAGAUAUUGAUAGUUUUGCAUAUGGGGAUUUAACUGUUGUAGGGGACCGAGGAAUCACUUUAAGUGGAGGUCAAAAAGCUCGUGUCAGCUUAGCUAGAGCACUCUAUACAAAUAGAGAUAUAUUGCUUCUAGAUGAUCCUCUAAGUGCUGUAGAUUCUGAGGUAAGCGAGCAUCUCUUCAAUAAAUGCAUAAAAGGAUUCCUUAAUAGCAAAAGAAAUAAAAUGGUGAUGUUGACGGAAAUUGAACUCCGAGAUGCUCCCCUGUGGAGUAGUCGGAUCCAUUCUGAUGAAGUGAAAACAGGACCUCUGCCCUUUUUUGAAGCAGGCCUUCAGGCUUGGGGGUGCCUUGCUGAAGAGGGAAGUUUUGUCUUUCCUCCGAAGGUUUUCCUGUCCUGCCAGAUGAGCUAGACAGGUUUUGUCUACACAUGAUUUUUCCUCAUCAUAGAGCCUACAGACAGUUCAAGUCGAAAUCCAAAAUGGCAUAAUUUUGGAGCCAAGAUGGGCGACAGCUAUUGGGCUUAAAAAUUUUUAUGGCGGGUAUAAUCGUUAAUUUAUUUAAUAGCAAAACUGUGAUUUUAGCGACUCAUCAAAUCCAUUAUAUUUCUGAAGCUGAUAAGAUUCUAGUUUUAGAUUCAGGAAAGCAACUAUUCUUUGGAACAUAUGAGGACUUAAAAACAAAAGAUAACAUUUCGCACAUUGUCGGAGAAUUGAUGCAUCAAUUCGAAAGCAAGGAAGAAGAAAGCAAUACUAAAAUAAUUGAAGAGGGUACAAAAAAACAAGUGACAGGUGAUAAAUUAUCAAUCCAAGAAGAAGAGAGAGCACAAGGGUCAGUUCCUCUUACUCCCUUAAAGAACUAACAAGAUAAAUUUAGCUCUCUCUGAGAGGUAGGAUACUUUUUUGGUUCAAUAUUAUAUAUAAAAAAAAUGUUUCUUUUAAAAAUCCAAUUCUAAUUAGUUUUUAAAUUUAUGUUUAUAUAUAAGAAGGAGCAUUACUUUAGCCCUAUCCUACAGUAGAAAAACCAAGUAAAACUCCCACAAAAUCAGAAAUCCCACAACUCCCCCAACAUCAGAAAUCCCACAACUCCCCAUCACCUAAGCUUCCACAACUCCUAGAGCCCAGAACUCCCAAAACCCCCAAGUUUAUAUAUAAGGCUUGCAAAAUUUAAACAAUUAGCAAGAGAUCACUUUAUAGAAUUAUUAAUUAUAUAAUCAGAGCCUCCUUUUGGCUCGGGACUAAAUAUAAAAUAUUUUGCAUAAUUUAGCAUAUAUUAGAAAAGCUUUUGUGCUAGCUCUCAAAUAGGGGCUAAUUGUUCCAAUAAUAGAACUUUUUCAAUUGCUUGCCCUUAAGAGGAAGUUAAGAUCUAUUAUAGAUUCUUAAUGUUUGGAUUUAACUCUAUUGCAGCCUUUCCAUUUAUGCUUGCUCUAUUGGUUGGUGCACAAGUAGUUUAUAUUGCAAUUUUAUGGUGACUUGCUAUAUGGGCAAGACAAAAUAGCAAUGACCAAAGUAAUUCAUAUUUUAUUUGGGGUUUUGCCAUUAUUGUUGGGAUGAAUUAUUUGUUGUCUUAUAGUAGAGCUUAUAUUCUCAACUAUAGAAUGCUAUGUGGAGCAAAAAAGCUACACAAUCAAGCAUUAAAAGGAAUGACAAUGACUCAAAUUACCUUUUUUGAUAAAAAUCCUACUGGAAGAAUGAUAAAUAGAUUCUCAAAAGAUACCUUCUUAAUGGAUGAAGUGCUUAUGACAUUUUUCUACGAAUUUAUCAACUUAUCGUUUGCCCUUUUAGGAAAUGUGAUAGUCUUGGCAAUCGUUGCUCCUCCAAAUAUAGCAGUCAUUGGAGCCUUCUUUAUAUAUGUCUUUUUACUUAUUAGAAAUCUAGCGCCAAUUACUAAAUCCGCCUCUCUGCAAGUGAGAGAGUAUUACUGAAAAUCAAAUUUUUAGACAAGUUCUAUGAGCAGAGAAAAUCCCUUUUCUCAUAUAAUAUUUUGAUAAUCAAAUAACAAUAAUUAUAAUAUUGUUUUAAAACCUUCAGCUAUUUUCUGCUGAAGAGUUAUAUUAUAAAACUUAAAAUUAAAAUUAGCAAUUUUAACUAUUACAAUUGUAAUUUUUCAAAUAGAUAUAAAAGUCUGAAUUGUGAGCAAUAAAAAAAUGUUUUGCUUGCUGGCUUAAAAGGAGUAAAGACUUAAAAAGGAUUGAAUUGACUUCAAAAAGCCCUGUUUUAUCCUUAUGCAACGCUACUGUGAAUGGAAUAGUUACAAUAAGGUCACUAGAUCUUCAAGAAAAAUGCAUCCAGGACAUGAAGAAUGCUGUCACUGCAAGUCUUAGAGCAAUGUUUACUUAUCAAAUGAUUCUGAGGUUCUAUCAGAGUUAUACUGAUCUCGGAUCAGUUUUUGUGAACAUAUUAAAUGUUAUGAUCUUAGUUUUAUAUAAAGACAAUAUCAAUGAAAGUUUGGCCGCUAUGAGCAUUUCGCUCACGAUUUCUGUUUCAAACUUAGUCACUUACUGGGCAAAAACAGUUGUAGAAACAGAAAAUCAAAUGGCGUCACCGCAAAGACUCAUAGAAUAUGCAGAUAUUCCUGAAGAAGGGGUCUUUAAAACUGAAGUCCCAUUUAUAAUUGGCAAAGGGAGGAUCGAAAUAAAGGAGCUUUCAAUGAGAUAUAGAGACAAUUACCCAUAUGCUUUGCAAAAUCUCUCGUUCUCUAUAGAACCUGGGCAAAAAGUUGGCAUUGUUGGAAGAACAGGAGCUGGCAAAUCUUCUAUCAUGCAAGUAUUAUUUCGGCUAAUUGAUCCUACUUCUGGUACUAUUCUUAUUGAUGGGCAAGAUUAUAAAACUGUUGGCUUGCAUCAGCUGAGAAAGCAGAUGUCAGUUAUUCCUCAAUCGCCUACUAUAUUUUUGGCAAGUUUCAGAGAUAAUCUUGAUCCAUUCCAUGAGCACUCAGAAGAUGAAAUCUUAAUUGCAUUAAAACAAACGAGACUUACUGAACUAGUCAAUUCUUAUCCUGAAGGAAUAAACACAAUUUUAGCAGGAGAAGGCGGAAAUCUCUCUGCAGGUCAAAAGCAGUUGGUGUGUUUGGCAAGAGCUCUUAUUCGGAAAAAUAAAAUUGUCAUGAUGGAUGAAGCAACUGCAAAUAUAGACCCAGAAACAGAUAGGUUUAUUCAAAAGAAGAUCAGGAAAAUGUUUAGGGAAACUACAAUGCUUAUAGUUGCUCAUAGACUGAGGACAAUCAUAGAUGCUGAUAAGAUUAUUGUCAUGAAGAAGGGGACUUGCAAGGAGAUAGGCACGCCCAGUGAAUUAAAAAGUAGAGAAAUGUCUUUGUUCAGAAAAAUGAUUAUGUCUACAGGGCCACAGGAAUCUCAGUAUCUGCUCAAUUUUCCUUAUCAAAAAAGCAAAGUUUCGCACUCUAAUUAA